AUGAAGAAUUCAAAAUAAUUAUGGUUCAUGUGGAGUCAAUCUUAAAAUUUAAGUUAGAAAUAUGAAAUGGAAACAAAGAAAGUAUAACUAAAUUAAUCAAGGUUCUUGGGUCAGGAAAAUUUGGUUAAGUUAUAAAAGUUAAAGAGAGAUUAUCAAAAAUCUAUAGAGCCAUACGUAGCAUACCAAAAGCUAAGGUGAAGCAUAAAGAAAAAUUGAAAUCUGACGUUAACUAACUCAAAAAUAUUGUACAAAAUAAUUGCCUUAUCAUAAGAAUCAUGAAAAUGUUAUUAAAAUAUAUGAACUAUACGAGGAUGAUAGGAACAUACACAUAGUGAUUGAGUAUUUUUAACAAAGUCAAUCUAGUUAAGUCUUUGCGAAGGUGGUUCAUUGUUUGAAAAAAUUUUGGAAAAAUAUGUACUUUCAGCAGAAGAGGCUCGUUAAUUGUUUUUGUAAAUGAUCCAAUCCAUAAAUGUUUGUCAUAAAUAUGCAUUGUGUCAUCGAGACUUAAGAGUAAUAUAAUUGGAUUAUUUAAGCCUGAAUCUUUUUUAUAUGUUGAAAGAAAAGCAGAGGAUAUGAGGAUUAAGGCAGUUGAUUUUGGAUUUUAAUUGCUUUAUGUAGAUGAUUACAUUAAGAAAUAGAAUGGAAUAGUUGUAGAAUCUUCAAGAUCUGGGAAAGUAAUAUACAUUAUUAAUUAUAAGUUGUAUUUUACAGCCCCUGAAAUAUUUGAAGGUAGACUAACCGAAAAAUGUGACAUUUGGGCAGUUGGUGUGAUUUUACAUGUUUUAAUGACAGGGGAAUUACCAUUUAAUGGUCAAACUGAUGCUGAAAUUUACAAACAAAUUUAAAAUUAUGAAAUAACUUUAAAAGUUGAAAAACCAGUUGCAGAUCUAUUGUCUAAAAUUCUCAUUGAUCCAUAUAAAAGAAUGACAAUUUUUGAUAUAUUGAAACAUCCUUGGAUUUAAACUCCUAUUGAUAAAACUAUUUUCUUAAAUCCAAACUUCAAAUAAAUGAAAGAACUAUCCAAUUAAAAUCAUCUAUUAAGAGUAUAUUCUAAUUUUAAUUUUACAUUAGAUUAUGAUGAAUUUUUUGUCUGAAUAACUUCAAAAGGAUUCUUUAGAAAAAUUAAAGAAAAUAUUUGAAGAAUUGGAUGUUAAUUCAAAAGGAUUCAUUUCAGUUUCCUCAAUUAAAGAUACCUUAAAAGAUUAGCCAGAAUACGAAGAAAUAAAUUUGAUUUUAGAGCAUUCUGAAAUUCAAGAUGAUAAAAUUAAUUACAAUAGUAAUCAUUUAUAUAAUUAGAUUUUAUUAAUUAAAUCUAUGAGAAGAGAUUAUUUUUGAAAGAGGAGAAAUGUUAUUUGGCAUUCAAAUAAUUUGAUUUAAACAAUACAGGCAAAAUUACAGUCGACAAUCUUUAAAAUGUGUUGAAAUCUGUUGAUCAAUUUAAAUAUAUUUCAAAGCAAUUUUGUGAAAGUCUAAUAAAAGAAGUUGAUAAAAAUAAUGAUGGAGAAAUAGAUUAUGUAGAAUUUAUUGAUAUGUUUUGUAAAAAAAUCUGA